AACGCCAGACCAGACAAGGAGAAGGUGGUAAAUCUUCAGUUUGGGUGUCCUAUUUGCAUUCAUCAGCUCAGAGCAGAUUUGGAUCUUCAAAGCCACCUUCCCGGGCAAAUCCGUUUUCUAGCUUGGGGUGCAUCCCCCCCCCCAAGUCUUUCAAGAUCCUUUUCCUUCUCUUCUUCCUUCUCUUCUACCUUCCUUCUCUCUCUCUCUCUCUUUCUCCCUCCCUCUCUCUUUCUGUCUCUCUUUCUCUCCUCCCUUCUUGGUAGCCACAGCCCUCUAGAGCUGAGUCAGUGCUUCUCUGCCACAGCACUGCAGCACUCGGGCAGGGACAGAAAGCCAGCCUCCUGCCUCUCCUCCGCCUCUCUCCGCAUCUUCAUCUGCAGCAUCCUUUUCUCGUCUCAUCACCAUGGCCAGCACCGUAUCAGCCUACAAAGAGAAAAUGAAGGAGCUCUCCCUCCUCUCGUUGAUUUGUUCCUGUUUCCACACUCAGCCGCACCCAAACACUAUCUACCAAUAUGGAGAUAUGGAGGUCAAGCAGCUGGACAAGAGGGCUUCAGGCCAGAGCUUUGAAGUGAUUCUGAAGUCCCCUUCCGACCUUUCUCCAGAGAGCCCGGUCCUUUCCUCUCCCCCCAAGAAGAGGGACGUGUCCCUGGAAGACCUGCAAAAGCGGCUGGAGGCUGCAGAGGAGAGGAGGAAGACCCAGGAGGCUCAAGUCCUGAAGCAGCUGGCUGAGAAGCGAGAGCACGAGAGGGAAGUACUUCACAAGGCCUUGGAGGAGAACAACAACUUCAGCCGGCUGGCUGAGGAGAAGCUGAACUACAAGAUGGAGCUGAGCAAGGAGAUCCGCGAGGCUCAUCUAGCUGCCUUGAGGGAGCGGCUCCGUGAGAAGGAACUGCACGCAGCUGAGGUGCGCAGGAACAAGGAGCAGAGGGAAGAGAUUUCGGGAUAAGGGCUUUUCCAUACAACUCGCACCUGCUUCCUAAUAACAAACCAAUCCUAACAUCUUUGUUUUGUCUAGACAAGGCAACGUCCAAUUUCUCCAUCUCCAUCUCCCUCCCUUCCCCGUCCUUCCGGUGUACCGACCUCCAUCUUCCUCUCUUCUCUGUAUUCUUAACUUUGUGGGGGUUCAUAGAAACCUCUAAGCAGAUUAGCAACUAGUCCACACACAUGAAAUAUAGAACCCAUAAACCA